GUAGAGAUAGUGUGUUCAAUUUUAAUAAAAAGUGUAAAUAUGUUUUGAUGUUAUUCACAGCAAGACGUGUCUAUCCUGCAUUUAAUUACCUUGUAGAGAAAGGAUUUAGAGGCUGUGCACUUUUACAGGUGACGAGGGUUUACAAUUUCCAGAAAUACCAGCCACAGAAGAUAACAGAUGAUGUCAAGCUACUUUCCGGCAAUGAAGAUGGCUUCUAAGUUUAGCGUUGACGCUGACGAGAAAUCUGCAAUUAAGUACUGCCAAAUAUAUUCAAAUGAAUAACUUUGGCCUAAUAUUAAUGCCAAGGAAGUCGAAUAUACUUAGUAUAAAAGCAAAAUUAUAUAUUAACUCGAGUGGACCUCCUGCCUGAAACAUGUUAGCCAAUGAACUGAAAAGCAACAAAGAAAUUCAAGUUUUAGCUACUGAGUUUCACAUUUAAGACAUCUUAUAUCAUACUUACUAAUUCAAUAACUAUGUGUGUAUCCAGUGUUGAGACUACACCUGAGAAUACUUCUGUUGUAGCUACUUUCCGGCAAUGAAGAUGGCUUCUAAGUUUAGCGUUGACGCUGACGACAUGUGUACAGUUCACGGUCAUGCAGGGAAUCUGAGUCGGGCAUCAGUAUUGGAAGGAAUACGAAAAAUUACCCGUUCAAGAUCAGCAUGCCAGAGAAAGCAACUAGUAACCAUAGCCGAUUUUGGGACUGCUGACGGCCGAGGCUCCCUUUCCCUAAUCAAUGAAGUGAUAGAUAUCAUUCGAACAGAUUUGGGGAAGGAGCAAGCAAUUGUUGUGUAUUACAACGAUCAACCGAUGAACGACUUCAAUCUUCUCAGCAAAAUUAUAGGAGGUUUUGAACAGAAAUCCAGUUUAUCAGCUGCUGAAAACAUCUACCCUGUGAUGGUACCUAGAAGUAUGUACGAGCAGUGUCUUCCUGAUAGUUCAAUUGACCUGGCGGUAUCUUCUGGAGCUACACAUUACCUGUCUAAACAUGUUUGUCAAAUACAAAACGGUGUAUUUAUGGGAGAGGCUAACACUCAUGAGCAAGAGUUAAUGAGAGAACAAGGAAAAGCUGACUGGAGGAACUUUGUGAUUGCUAGAGGACGGGAACUAAAACCAGGAGGUGUUCUGGUUACAAUAAACGCAUCAUUAGACGGGGAAAACAAUGUGUCGUCACAAAUUGACAAGGGGUUUCAACAUUUUGGUAGCUUUGUCACUGAUAUGGCUAGAGAAGGCGUCUUAACACAGGAAGAAUAUCUUGCGAUCAACUUUCCAAGUCACUACAUGCGAACAACAGUUGAUUUUAAAGAGCCAUUCACUAGUACUGUACCAGAGGUAAAGGAACUUGGAUUGGAAAUGGUGUCGAUAACACCGCGAAAACACUAUCUGGAACACCCGCUGUACGAUGUUGUAAGGAAAGACGACACGGAAAAGUUGAACUAUGCCAAAAGAAUAGUUGCCAUGGUUUACCCAUGGUUUCAUCAUGCGAUCCACGGUGGACUGAGUGAUUCCCGCACGGAGGACGAGAAACAGUUCAUCAUUGAAGAAUACUUUCAGAGGUUACAGGAAUACGCGUCUGCGCAUUCCGACCACAAGCCGUUCCUAACAUCCACAGAGGUUGUCAUACGGAAACGUUCAAAUAUAGUAUUGACACAGGCCUGAUUUGGCUUGGUUAAUAUAUAGACAGGAAAAACUAUAAACGAAAGAUUGGUUUGGUUAUAUUUGUGUAACGUCCUUAAAUGACCUUACCUGUUGAUAGGACAUUAAACAAAUAAAACCCAACCUGACAAGUUCACAAGUUUGCUAUAUUUUUUUAUUCAAGGUAAACACUAUUAUAAAUAUAAAUUGCAUUGC